CAAUUACUAUUCUAUUAGCUAUAGACAAUUAGCCUCCUCGAAAAUAUAUAGUAGCUAUAAAAUCUCAAAUUCUCAAGGGCUCUUGAACUGCAUUCAAUGUAACAUUACUCCUAUCCUAUAGAUAAUUAAAUACAAAUUAACGAUGAUUAGUAUUCUAUUUAGUUUAAAUUAAAGAAAAAAAAAACAGAUAAGUUUCUCACUGUGUACCAGUCUGGAAAGAUAAGAUUUGAAUUGGAAAACAGAAAGAUACAAAAUAAUUAGAGACGCAGUGUUGAUUUUUUAAAUCCAGGAGUAAGUUUAUGUGUAUAAUUUUUGUGUGCAAAGAGUAGAAAAUUUGUGAUUAUGAGGGGCGGGAGAUUUGGAGUUGAAGAAGUACCACUACAAUCUUUCAGCCCAUCAUCCUACGAACGAAGAAAUUCGAGAAGCCUAAAGGGACCCCUAAGGGUGACACGACUAUGUCUGCUUGGAAUAGUCGUGCCCACCCUUAUUUUGGGGGUCCCUUUAUAUCUGAGGUACAAUGUGUACGGGGCGCAGCUCUACCCUUUGGCCAUGUCUGAUAUGAGAAUGAUAGAUAAUAGAGUAUCGACUACAUGGUGCCAGAAACAACGUGUCAAAGUUAACGCGACCUUCAACGCGUUCCUACUAUCUCAACCACCAACCCUUUCCACCAGCCUUCAAACCCUUUCCAUGGUCAGACACUUGGUGCUCGAAGAUGACAUCAAAGAAUAUUGGGGAUUUUACCUUUUAAAAGGAUCCUCAGUAACUGUAAAUACUUGUGUGAGAUGGCCUGGCGCUUCUCUAAUAGUUAUCCGUGGCCACAGACAUCUUCACGAAUGCGCCUACAUCGGAGACGACUCCUCAGAAGAACUCGAUGAACUGAUGGAAGCGAUCAAAGAAGGCACUUAUGUUGUCAAUCAAAGCGAUACAGUAGUGAAACCAGCUCAAAAGACUAACGAUCCUGAAUUGAUGAAACGCCACAGGGCCGAUGUGGAAUUCCACAGUCCUCACCACGAAAUCAAUAAAGAAACUCACACUUUAAAAGACAACGUCGAUACUUCCGAUUUAAACGAUCCUAAAAUGAUGAAAAUCAUUCUCGAAGCUUUGCAAACCAAAAAGAAGAAAAAGCCGAAAGAAGACCAUCCUCAUUUCAAAAGAAACUCUACAAUAGCGGAAGAGGAAACUGGUAACUUCAAUAUUUCGGCCCCGGGUCGAGGCGCCGCGGCAACAUCCCAAGAAGUCGUAGCACAACUAUUCAGCAAAUUGCAAAGCCUUGGCGAUAAGGCACCAAAAUACUUGGAGGCCCUGAACAAAAAAUUCACCAUCACAGAAAGCUCUCUGGAAAAUCUCGGCAAAAUCCAAGAGGGCGACAUGCAAAAAAGGCAUUUGCACUUGGAAACUCAAGGCAGGCAAUACAAGAAGCCGGCAGUGAAUUUCGAUAAGGCUAUUGAUAGUAGGAGACGAAAGCGGGAGAUUGAAGCGCUGGGAGAGGAUUUAAGCAGAGAUGAUAGUGAAAAUAAUAAUGGAAAUGAAGAGGGCUUUAUCCAAGCUCCAGACGGAAUAGCCGACCACAAAGGCUUUGUGAACGAGACCAAUACCGAUCACGAUAUGAGCAACAGUGAAUUUUGGUCUUCAUUUUCCAGCUCGGAGGAGGCACUUUUGAAUUGCGAAGGCCUCAUUUUGAAUUUGCCACUCACUCCUCAUCAUAAUUGCCGCAAGGAUUUGAGCGAGCAAGAAGCCGAAGAAACUUAUAUGGCUAAUUCGAUUACUUAUAGAGUCCCAGUAAACGGUUACUAUUUCUUCGUUUUCAAUAGUGAAAAUGAAGUGCAACCAAACUACAUAAGAGUGCAAUUUCAUUUGAAUAAGGCAGUGUAUAAUUUAACAGAACCUGUAUCUGUUUGCGUUAAUGCUACAAAAACUUGUGAAGUGGACCUGAAAUUUUUCAGCUCCGAAAAACUAGUAUUAGAGUUGCCAGUUAGAGGCAACGACACUUUAUGGAACGAAGAAUUCAUCGUGGAAUCUGAAUGCGAGCCUAGAACUGCGUUAUAUGCAGUGUGCGUUAUAGCUGUACCUGUUAUUAUUAUAUUAUUUGCUUUUUCGUAAAUACAUUUUGUUUUUUUUUUU